AUGAGAUGCACUAUAGAGAGCAUCCUGUCGGGCUUUAUCCCCGUCUGGUGUGGCAACUGCACCGCCCGCAACCUCGUGGCUAUCCAGAGGAAGGUGCCGUUCUGCCCAACACAUCACCAGGGGCACACUGCCUGCCCUGCAGGACGUAGGAUCAUUUCAUGGAAGAAUGAUUAUCUGGGCUGGUUAGGUAGGAUCAUUUCAUGGAAGAAUGAUUAUCUGGGCUGGUUAGGUAGGAUCAUUUCAUGGAAGAAUGAUUAUCUGGGCUGGUUAGGUAGGAUCAUUUCAUGGAAGAAUGAUUAUCUGGGCUGGUUAGGUAGGAUCAUUUCAUGGAAGAAUGAUUAUCUGGGCUGGUUAGGUAGGAUCAUUUCAUGGAAGAAUGAUUAUCUGGGCUGGUUAGGUAGGAUCAUUUCAUGGAAGAAUGAUUAUCUGGGCUGGUUAGGUAGGAUCAUUUCAUGGAAGAAUGAUUAUCUGGGCUGGUUAGGUAGGAUCAUUUCAUGGAAGAAUGAUUAUCUGGGCUGGUUAGGUAGGGUAAUUUCAUGGAAGAAUGAUUAUCUGGGCUGGUCAGGUAGGAUCAUUUCAUGGAAGAAUGAUUAUCUGGGCUGGUCAGGUAGGAUCAUUUCAUGGAAGAAUGAUUAUCUGGGCUGGUCAGGUAGGAUCAUUUCAUGGAAGAAUGAUUAUCUGGGCUGGUCAGGUAGGAUCAUUUCAUGGAAGAAUGAUUAUCUGGGCUGGUCAGGUAGGAUCAUUUCAUGGAAGAAUGAUUAUCUGGGCUGGUUAGGUAGGAUCAUUUCAUGGAAGAAUGAUUAUCUGGGCUGGUUAGGUAGGAUCAUUUCAUGGAAGAAUGAUUAUCUGGGCUGGUUAGGUAGGAUCAUUUCAUGGAAGAAUGAUUAUCUGGGCUGGUUAGGUAGGAUCAUUUCAUGGAAGAAUGAUUAUCUGGGCUGGUUAGGUAGGAUCAUUUCAUGGAAGAAUGAUUAUCUGGGCUGGUUAGGUAGGAUCAUUUCAUGGAAGAAUGAUUAUCUGGGCUGGUUAGGUAGGAUCAUUUCAUGGAAGAAUGAUUAUCUGGGCUGGUUAGGUAGGACCAUUUAAUGGAAGAAUGGACAUCUAAGAUGGUAAGGUAGGACAAUUAAGUAGGACAAUUGAAUGAAUGACCUGAGUGGAUUAGGUAGUACAAUUAGGUUAGACAAUUUAAUGAAUGAAUGGAUGUCUUAGUUGUCAGAUAGCAACAGAUCAUAUUUUAAAAGGUCACACUUGUGUAUGUUUUAAACAUGUUUAUGGGUGGCCUGUGUACUUUCUCAGAACAGCGGUGGCAAAACUACAAAUGUUUGUCCU